CCAAUAUAUGGAUGAUUUGAAAACAUUCGAAACGCAAAAGCCAAACUAGCAAGUAAUUGAAAUAUGACAGCAAUUAAAGCACUGCCAGAGGAUUUACAAAAAAUCGCUAUACUAGAGUUGAAUGAAAUACCGUCUAGGAUACCUGAAGAUUUGGCAGCCCUCAGAACUUGGAUUGACCAACAGCCAUAUCUAAGAGCUCGCAAGGAUGAUCAGUUUCUCAUACAAUUCUUGAGAGGUUGUAAACACAGUUUGGAAAGGGCAAAAGAGAAAAUUGAUUUGUAUUUUUCAUUGAAAACAAAAUACCCCAAAAUGUUUGGUUUAACCGAUUUGGAUGAUCCAAAAUUUAAACAUUUCUUUAAUUUAGGCUGCUUUACGUUUCUGCCCAGGCCUCUUCAUGAUACUGGUCCCCGUAUUGUGGCUGUACAAUUCAAUUUCAACACUGAGAACACUGUGGAGGAAGUUUUAUAUGCCACCUGUCCCAUGUUUGAGUUGGCUUUACUCAACGAUCCACAUGCCACCAUACAAGGCGUUAUUUACCUAUUUGACCUGAGAAAAUCCAACUUGGCGCAUUAUCUGCAGCUAACACCAACUUUUUGUAAGCAGUCGGCUUCGUAUCUGGAAAAGUCUAUGCCGUUACGCAUUCGCGGAAUUAUCUUCGCUUAUGCUCCAAUAAUUGCGCAGCAAUUUUUUAAGUUCUUGCUACCUUGUUUAUCAGAAAAGUUGCGUAAAAGGGUCUAUAUUUUAGGCAAGAACAUUGAGGAAUUGACCCAACACAUACCUUUAGCAUAUUUGCCUAAACAUAUGGGCGGUGAAAAUGGUGAUUGUGUUGAACUAACUCGGGAAGUUUAUCAACACAUUCAGUCAUAUCGUGAACACUUUAAAGAGAACGCCCAAUAUGGGACAGAUGAAAAUUUGCGUCCGGGAAAACCUCUCGAUUUGGAUGGGCUCUUUGGAGGCAAUGCCAUCGAAGACAAGUGGAUAGUAGCUAAACAUGAGUUGCCUACAAUGUCCAUCGAUAUCGCCUCCGCCUUCAUUGCUGCUGUUUGGAUAUCUCCCUCUCAGGCCAUUGUAAUUCAAAGUAUUUCUACUCUAAAGGCAAACAGAACCAAACGAAAAAUGGCCAAUAUCAGACCGCUGCCGGAUGAUUUACAAAAAGUUGCAAUUAAAGAUUUAAAUGAGGAACCGUCUCGAAUACCAGAAGAUUUGCAAGCUCUUAGAACAUGGAUUCAACAACAACCUUAUUUGAGGGCGCGAAUCGAUGAUCAAUUCCUAAUACAAUUCUUGAGGGGUAGUAAAUACAGUCUGGAGAAGGCCAAACAGAAAAUCGAUCUGUUUUACUCAUUAAAAACUAAAUAUCCUGAAAUGUUUGGGGCUACAGAUGUGAAUGAACCUAAAUUUAAGGAAAUUCAUAGCUUGGGCUGUUAUACACUAUUACCAGUACCUCUGCAUGAGACAGGAGCACGCAUUUGUGUAUAUCAAUUCAACUACUGCAUCGAUAAAUUCUCAAACGAGGAUAUCUACUAUCCGGCAUGUUCCAUGUUUGAAUUGGCAAUGCUCAACGAUCCUUAUGUUGGCAUAAAUGGCUUUGUUUUCAUAUACGAUUUGGCCAAAGGCACUACAAGACAUUUGCUUGAAAUUACUCCCACAGUUCUUAAGAAAGUAGUUUCAUUCAUGGAGAAAUCAAUGCCUGUGCGAAUAAAAUCUAUCUACAUUAUUAACGCUCCACCCGCAGCUCAAGCAAUAUUGAAAAUUGCCAUCUCCUUAGUAUCCGAAAAAUUACGCAAAAGGCUUCAUAUUUUGAGCAAUGGCAUCAAGGAGUUAGCCCAAUACGUGCCUUUAAAAUACUUGCCUAGGGAUUAUGGUGGGGAAAAUGGUUCCUUCAACGAUUCAAUACAAGACUAUACAAAACUGUUUGAAUUGCAUUGCGAUUAUUUUAAGGAGAACGCCCUUUAUGGUACCGAUGAAAGUUUACGUCCCGGAAAACCAUUGGAUUUGGAGGGAUUAUUUGGUGUGGGUGGUUCAUUUCGGAAAUUAGUAGUUGACUAA